AAUUAACGAAAAUAAAAACUUUUUCAGAAUUGCAUAAUAACAAUUUUAGGAGUCAUCGGAGAUCAUAUAUUAACAGCAUGCCAGGCACAAGUGUAGGAGCCAAAAUGCCCGACGGCAUCUCCCUCCAAGACAUGAUGAAAGCAACGUCACUGCCGACGGCAAAUGGCGACUGUAGCGGUGAAGUCGCUGAAGAAGCGCCCUCCGUGUCCUGCAAGGAGUGCGGCAACACCUCUAAGUCCGCCCGGGCCUGCGGCGGCUGUUGGCAGGUUUGGUACUGCUCAAAAGCUCACCAGGUGGCAGCAUGGGGCAAACAUCAGAGGGAUUGCAAGCCCUGGAAGAUCAACAAGUGUCCCGAGCUCGGGCGGUACUUUUUGGCAACGCGAGACAUUGCACCAGGAGAACUGCUUCUUUCAGACAGCCCUCUUUUGAUCGGACCAAAGCAGAUCACAGAGCCGGUUUGUCUGGCUUGCUACCGACCCGUGGAUGGUCAGUACCGCUGCAAAAAAUGUGGCUUCCCAAUGUGCGAUGCAGAUUGUCAGCAGGCUGAAGCCCAUGAGCCGGAGUGUGAAGCCGUGAGCGAGUCUGGUAUGCCUGUGAAGGUUUCCUUGUUUGGACAGAAUAACUCUCUGUAUGAAUGCAUAAUGCCAUUGAGACUUCUGAGCUUGAGGGACAACCAGACGAGUCUCUGGAGACGCUUGAUGACUCUUGAAAGCCACGAUGAAAGGAGGUCACGCACGGAAAACGCCGCAAUUACUCAACGCACCGUUGUAGACAUCAUCAGAGAGCGUCUCAAAAUUGACAGAUACGAUGAAGACCUCAUAAAAAAAGUGCUGGGCAUUAUUGACACAAAUGCAUUCGAAAUUCGUCUACCAGAUUCCUCAAUCCAAGGAGUUUACUCUCAAGGUUCGAUGUUGGAACAUUCGUGUAUUCCGAACACACACAGAACUUUCGAUGCCGACUUAAAUCUCGUGGUCCGCGCCGCUGUUCCCAUCCGGAGAGGCAGUCACUUGACCUCAUGUUAUACUGAGGUGCUCGCCACGACAGCCGUCAGACAAGAACAUCUGCUUACUUCCAAAUUCUUUACGUGCCACUGCCCCCGAUGUGUCGACCCUACAGAACUCGGUACUUAUGCGUCUGCUUUGAUGUGUCCCAACUGCCCUAAGACCAGCAAAGCGACGAAAACCUCAGCUGCAGCUGCUGCUGCUAAAAGCAAACUGGCUCCACCUACUUCAGUGGUCAUCCCCACAGAUCCACUGUCUCCAUCCUCUGACUGGAAAUGCAUCACUUGCUCCACGCCCGUUGAUCCUGAUUAUUUAGUUCGGAUGACCUCAGUCAUGACGGAGGAAGCAGAAGAGCUUGAGUCAACUAAUCCCACCAUUAGAUCUUGCGAGCAGUUUCUUGAAAAAUGGGCUCCAACUUUCUACACGAAUCACGCAUGCUUACUAAAUAUUAAGUACGCAUUGAUCCACUUGUACGGCUCGGAGGAAGGCUACGAGCUGGCAUCGCUUGCUCCAAUGCAGCUGCUGAGGAAAGAAGCCCUCUGCAGGCAGGUUCUUGCCGUCGCUGACUGCCUCGUGCCUGGUGUGUCUCGCCUCCGCGGCUCAGUGCUCUACGAACUCUACCAGUCGAUCUUCUACAAGACUAUCUCAAUGUUCCAGAGCAACGUCAUUCCUAACGAAAUUGCCAAGAAGCUCGCAAAGGAGGGGUACGACGCGCUGGUGGAGUGCGCGCGGGUGCUGAGCUACGAGCCGGAGGUGCAGCCAGAGGGACAGCUCGGCAUCGAGGCGAAGGAUGAAAUCAAACAAAUGAUAAAAUGGAUGAAGGAGGAAGGCUGGAAGACAGCAUAAUACUUCAGGAUAUAUUUUUAGAAAUUUGCUUUCAAAAUUUAUCAUGAUUUCGUUAAUGAGAUGUGAGAAAACAUUAGAAAUUGUCAAUUAUCCAUCAAUUUCGUAAAAAGUUCUGAUAAAUAAAAUAUUUAAUUGAAUAGCGUAAAUAUAAAUGAAUAGGAUGUUUUGCGUUAAGAAGGCUCGUCAAUAUGCAUGUAUAGUAGCAUAGAUAGAUAUCUUGAGUUAAUUAUUGCUAUAAUUUGCGAGGAAACGUGUGGACUAUACACAACCGUUUCUUAUUAUAUUCUUAUAUGUUGUAAGUAUACGCAAUCAACGCUCAAUGACAGACUAAUGCGUUUUUUAUAUAUUUUGUUCGUCAAUUUUGUUACCUGGACGCCCCUCACCCGUAUUUUGAAAAUUUUCAUCAAUAAUUUUCGAAAAAUUCCAACAAUCGAUCCUUUAUGUACAAUUCACAUUUGUCCACUCGUCGGACUAUUGUAAUUAAAUUUUUGAAGUACGGAGUUUAUGUAAUGAAAUUUUUAGUAAAAUUUUGGGAUGAAAAUCUUUCUGAUCAAUAAAUUGUUAUGAUUAAUAAUUGUGAUGCUACUGGCAUGCAAAUUUGAUAUGUAUUUUUAUGAAAGAAUAGAUAAUGUUGACGUUGUGCAUUCAGAUUAGGAAAGUGAAUUAGUCUUAAGGUUUCUGAUAAUUUAUAUACCACGAGUCCUUCGGAUUUUUUUUCCCGAUGAAUUCUAUUGAAUUAUUUGCGUUAAAAAAGUUAUUUCUUGGGUAGAAUAAUUUUUCGUUAAAUUAAUGCGUUUUUCGCGUUAGAAACUCAACCUUUUCAUGUUUUAAACUGGACAAUAUCAGCUUUUUUAAGUCUACGAUCGAACGGCCUUACUCAAGGGCUUCUUAUCUACACAUAAUCUAUCUAUAUAAUCUUAUAAUCUAUCUAUAGCUUCUUGAAUAGCGGGAAAACUUGAUGUUAGCUUUUAGAUUCACCUACGAGGUGUAUUCAGUUAUUAUUUUAUAAUCUUAAUCGAUUAUUGAAAAGCAGAUAUACUUCGUGUAAGCUUUCAAAUUCUUGUUCGAGGUUAAUCCAUUUAUAUCAUUUAUAAUCAUUGAAGCACAUUGCCUAGCAAUGAUAAUUUAAAGGAGCUUUAGGUUCUCAUUCAAGUUACAUUCAUUUACUCAAUUUGAAAUCGUCAUUGAAGCUCAUUGCAUAGCAAGAAUAUUUUAAACUAGCCUUAGAUACUCAUUCGAAUUACAUUCAUUUAUUCUAUUUGAAAUCAUCAUUGAAGCUCAUCGAGUAAGAAGGAUACGCUUAGCUAGUACUUUAAGUUUCCUUUGAGCUAUGCACAUCCAUGUAUUGUAGUCAGAGCUGAUCGACGAGGAGGAUGAAUUUAUCAAUAUUGCAUUAUAUUCGUUAAGCCAUGUACUUCUAUACAAUUAUAUAAUGCUCAGAAAUUGACAGUUUUACGAUUAUGUAAUAAAGCUUUUUUUAAUCGCGGGAAUAAACAUUAGUAGAACACUUUUUUGGUUAAGAUUUUUGCCAACUGUGACUGUAGAUCUUAUUUUAGUUUCUUUCUAUGUUAGAAAUAGCCGCUUUUUAUAGUUUUGUUAAAUUUGUAUCAAUGUCUUUUUUUUCGGCAUUCUAUGAUCUGUAAAUGUAGUCAUAUCCUGUACUUAGAAUAUUUUUUGCAACCAUCAUGCAGCUGCGGUGCGUUUGUCAAGAUGAGUUGUAGUAGCUCGCAAAAAAAAAAAUAAAUAAAAAUGCAUGCAAGAUUUUGACCGUUAA